ACGAACAUCGAAGCGUUAUAAAAACAAAAACUGCUCGCUGGAAGAUGGGCAACGCCGGCUACACAUGCAUCCGUCGCACCUUUUGCUGGCUCAACAUCAUUUUGUGGCUCUGCAGUUGCGCCUUUCUCGGCGCUGGACUGUGGCUGCGCCUCAGCUACGAGGGCUACGCAACGCUGCUGCCGCAGCAUGCGGGCCUCAGUGCGGACACGAUCUUCAUGUGCAUCGGUGGCAUCGGCUUUGUGGUCAGCUUCUUCGGCUGCUGCGGCGCCUGGGUGCAGUCGCGCUGCCUGCUCGUGCUGUACUUCAUGCUGAUUGUGAUGCUGUUCAUGAGCGAGUUCCUCGUCGGCUCCAUUGCGUUCCUCUUCCGCGGCGGCCUCGGACGCACCCUGGCCAACGAGCUGCGCUUCGGCAUCGAGCGUCACUAUAAUGCCAGCGAUCGGGGCUCCCUGGUGGCGCCAUCUGUGGCCGCCAUAUGGGACAGCGUUCAACAGUCGUUUGAAUGCUGCGGCGUCUCGUCAUUUGAGGAUUGGUACGACAUUCAGUCAUGGAGCGGCAAGCGCUGGGUGCCCGACUCCUGCUGCCGGCAGCUGUACGAUCAGCGCCAACUGCUGACGGAGGGCUCCGGCGACGGGCUGGGCGCGAUGCGUGUGGACUGCGGACGGUCGGAGAAUCCGUCGCUGUGGUGGGACAAGGGCUGCGCCCACUCGCUGCAGAACUGGUUCAACGGCCAGCUGAACGUGGUGGGCGCCAUCGGGCUGGGCAUCGCCUUCGUGCAGCUGUUCGGGCUGAUCACCUCGAUGCUGCUGUUCUGCACCGUGAAGCACAAGCGGGCAUCGGACACCUACAAGUCGUACUCCCCCUCAAUCGAUCCGCAGACGCGCACCAGCAGCUGGGAGGAUUGAACUCGAUUGUAGCUAGCGGCGAGAAUUUCUAAAGCGGCGCCUCGAUCAAGGCUAUAUAAUGCAUAAUGAUUAUUUCUAUAUAGAUGCAUAUAGAUAUCAACUUCUUUUUCUCCUUCUUCUUCGUCUUCUUCAAGUUCUUUUGCGAAAUGUGCCAAAAAUUAAUUUAAAUAUUAGUUUCCGUAUGCCUUAUUAUAAUAAUUAUUAGUGAUGCAUCAUCCGAAACCCCAGCUGAGUUCGCCGUUCGUCUAAUUAGUAUUUCUCUCUUAUUCAGUAUUCACUGUAAGCGACGGUGCGUGCCUCAGCUCUAUUCACUGUAUCCAACUAGCUUUCUGGUAUAUCCAUAUUGUGAUGUGCUCAUCUAGUUUAUAUAGCUCUCCCUAUAUAUAGAUCUAUUGGAACGACAACUGCCCGAAGGUUUAUAUAUGGAAUAUAGAUACAAUAUACAGAUAUAUAUCGAUAUAUAUUUAUUAUCAUAUGCGUAUAUAUGUCAAGCACAUUCC